CGUUUGUGAGUUCUCGCUAUAAAAGCGAUGGCAUAUCAGUGCGUUGGGACCAUCUCGGAGAAAAGCUCGAGUGUUGCGACAUUUUAGAAGCCAUGACUUCGGUGGGAUUUGUCCUCAUGUCUUACGUCUUCUUCUUCUUCUUCUUGUCCGUGGGGCGAUGCCAGCUUCAAACGGGCUUCUAUGCGUCUUCAUGCCCAAACGCUGAAUCCAUAGUCAAGUCGGAGGUUUCCAAAGCGACGCAGCAGGACUCGAGAUUGCCGGCGUCGUUGAUAAGGCUCCAUUUCCAUGAUUGCUUUGUUCAAGUGAGUGCCACUGGUCAAUUCGUUGAAUCAGUAUUUUUUGUUCCUCAGGGGUGUGAUGCAUCGGUGCUGCUGGAUGAUACGUCGAGUUUUACUGGGGAGAAGACUGCCGGUCCAAACAACAAUUCACUCCGAGGCUUCGAGGUCAUCGACACGAUCAAAACGUCUCUGGAGAGCAGCUGCAAGGGAGUCGUGUCGUGCGCAGACAUCCUCGCCAUUGCGGCUCGUGAUUCCAGUGUCAUCACGGGAGGACCUUCUUGGGAUGUGAGGCUGGGGCGUCGAGACAGUACCACGGCCAGCCUGAGCGGAGCUAAUUCACAGAUUCCAUCCCCUGCUUUCACCGUUAAUCAGCUCAUAUCCGCAUUCACGGCCAAAGGCCUGUCAGCGGAGGACAUGUUCACCCUCUCAGGGGCUCACACAAUCGGGCAGGCUAAGUGCAGCAGCUUCAGCGGCCGACUGUUCAACAACAGUGGCAGCGGGCAACCGGACCCAAGCAUCAGGCAGGGAUUCUUGAAGUCUCUUCAGUCGGCAUGUCCUCAAGGGGGGGACGCCACCGCGCUACAGCCUCUGGACGUGGCAACCGCCACCACCUUUGAUAACCAGUACUACUCCAACCUCCUCCUGGGCAGGGGCUUGCUUAACUCGGACCAGGUCCUCUCUACCACCGUCGGGACUGCCAGGAACUUUGUCAAGGCCUACAGCUCCGACCAGUCCAAGUUCUUCAGCAACUUCGCGGGAUCCAUGAUCAACAUGGGGAACAUCAGCCCCCUCACCACGCCCAAUGGAAUCAUCCGCUCAAACUGCCGGGUCCCCAGCUAGAACGUAAAGCGCAUGCCGAUGGUUAGAAUGGAAUAAAUCACAGAAGACUUUGUUUCGCUGAACGUGUCCAUGCGCCAUUUCCCAACCACCACCUGAUUAAAGAAGUCUGCAGGUGGUAUAUCAAUUUCAUGUAGCAACCAAAAUAUCUCCCCUGGUAAAUUUACUUUUUACAUCUCUAACGAAAAUAUUAUUUUA